AUGAAAGGGACGUUAGGGGGCAGGUACGGCGUAGGGAAGAUCCUGCACCUCCUGCAGGAAAAGCAUGGCUGGCUCGCAAGCGAUGCGCACGUCUUCUUCCUCGCUGGGAAUUGGCAGGACGAUGUGCGAAGAUGGGUUACCCGACAUCAGCAAAGACGCAAACAUGGAGGACGGCC